GCAUUAAAACAUUGAGCUCAUCGACUCGUCAGAGGUAGGCUGAGCCGCUCUUGAUCUACACCGCUCCAGCACUGCCGCCACUCGGGAGCUUACAGCGGUCCUAUUUACCAGCGUGUACAGACUCGGUAGGGAUCACAGCGGAUCGGCCUGAGGAUACAGCAGCUAUGACGCUAACAAUAUUCCCUUAUCCUGCCCUGCUUUUUUGAUGGGCCAAAGGCACAUACGCAUGGUCAUAACACUGCCUUGUUUAUUCGCCAGGUCCGAUCUAUUCCUACGCACUUCCCUCGUCGGGCACCAAUUGAGUUACAAGUGCUACGGUAACGUAGAGCAGGACUUCAAAAUAGUCACCAUCAUGAUCAUGUCUGGCAUGUGCAUGUACAGCCUGGCUUCCGUGCGAUGUCAAGUGGGCUCGAAGGGUACUGUAUGCAUAUAUAACCUUCGGCGUUACACUGCGAAGUUUUCUGCGCGCUUUUACAAUGUCGACAUCACUCCUCCCUCCCCCGGGAACAAACUAUCUUGCAACUAUUCAGUCAUCUAUACCAUUUUUACUGACCGGCACGGUAUUGUCAUCGCUCCUUAUACCGAUCCUCAUUGCCUUGCUCGUGUUCUCGACUCCUGACACUCGCCGUCAUCCGAACUUCGUCCUCAACGUUCUUGGAAUCCUUCUGGGCCUAGCGGAGGGUGCGGUCAACAUCUACCUUAUGGUUCAUACCAUGCUUUCCCCGACAGUGCCAGAGACAACGGCAGCUCUCACAUCGAUGCCCGCUCUCACUUUCUUCGGGCCUCUUGUGGUCGAGAGUACGCUGGUGAUACGUCUCGCCGCAGUGUAUCCUCGGAGAUCAACUCCCAAGGUCAAAUUCUGGUCGAUCCUACUUACUACUAUCAGCUUGAAAACAAUUCGCUCCGUCAAUGUAUUCAUCUUUCUCCAUCGUUAUGUUAUUGCAAUCAGUGGUGCUGGAAACCCAAUCUCCGCAGGCGACUCUUUAUGGGGAAGCUGGCAAACGAAGCUCGAAUGGAUCCUGCAGGCUGUCGACAAUGCAUUCGUGUCAUUCAUGUUUCUACGUCGUCUGCCUCGCAAUACAAGCGAUUCUGAAGGAGCUGUCCGGUCAAAGGCAUUAGCUACUCGCCUUCGAGGACUCUUCCUCAUCGCACUGUCCAACUUUGUGUUCCCCGUUAUCCUCAAUCUCAUCCAACUCGGCCUUGUUUUUGGCUCGAAAGCCUCGUUCUUCCAGACGAGUCUUGUGUACAUGGUCAAUAAUUACGUCAAUAUCAUCGGCGUCGUGUUUGCCACAAUAUGGUCGAUUGGCUCACGUAGAUUGGAGGAAUCCCAAGCUCCUCCUAGAUUGUGGGCUAGCGAAGCCAGUACCAUUACUUCCAAGAGGGUGCACUCCCCUCGGGGUAGCCAGAAUUUCAAACCAGUCAACUUGGCGGAGGGCUUUGAAUUUGGGGUCAAGGAGCCACGGACAGCACCUUACACUGCAUCUCAAAGUGAUGAUGGGCGUGUUUAAAUUUUUCGCUCUUUAAUGCAUAAUUUAUUUCAUUUCAUACUCAAGAUAGAGCAGGGAUGUAUGAUCACUCGGAGUUACAUCCACCAUCCACUCUUUAAUGCAGAAUUUAUUACAUACUCAGAAUAAAGUGGGGAUUUAUGGUCACUCGAGAGCGGGAUCGGCUCAUUUGCUCCAGGAAACUUGGUCACGGAUUCCACAGACGGACAGGCAAAGACGUCUGGCGAGCGGGCAGCCUGUCAUCCGUGGUGAUCAACAGGUCAUUGAGCUCGUCUGAACUUUUCGGGAGUGAAUCAAGGCAGGGUAGACUCUAUCCUGAUUUCACUUCCAAAACCCCUUGUUCGCAAGUGUUCUCACAUACCCAAGUACGUGGCUGGUUCGAUCCGCGGGUUUCGUUACAGUUCCGACGAUAGCAACAAUUAGUGGUCGUGCAUU